GGCAAUGGUGGCUGUCAGGACCAAUGCUGUAACACAAUUGGCAGUUAUUACUGCAAAUGUCAAGCUGGCCAGAAACUGGAGAAAGAUGGCAGAGGAUGUGAAGAGAUGGACCCCUGCACAGGUGGUAAUGGAUGCGCUCACAUAUGUCAGAGUGAGAAUGGUGUGGCCAGGUGUGCCUGCCGCCCAGGGUACCAGUUGUCUGAAGACAAAAAGGCCUGUGAAGAUAUAAAUGAAUGCACCGAAAGGCCGUCUCUCUGUGGUCAUCGCUGUGUAAACUCAGUGGGAACUUUCACCUGUGCCUGCCACCCUGGCUUUGAGCUUGGAGCUGAUGGAAAACACUGUUACAGGAUUGAAUUGGAAAUUGUCAACAGCUGUGAGAAGGACAAUGGCGGAUGUUCUCACCACUGUGAACCUGGGAUCGGUGGGCCCCGUUGUUCCUGUAACCAGGGACACCAGCUGGAUUCCGAUGAGAAAAAAUGCAUAGAUCUUGAUGAGUGUAAGAACGGAGACUCCUGCUGUGCCCAGCUAUGCAUCAACUAUUUAGGUGGCUACGAAUGCAGCUGCCAGAAAGGCUUCAAGAUCAGCUCCGAUGGUUGUACCUGUGAUGCUGUGUAUGAUGAACCCGAGGAAGAAGAAGAGGAAUUAGAAGUUGUGAGCUUUGAGAGCUCACCUCCACAGGUGCACUAUCUUGCUGCCUCUCUGUCUUCCUCCUCUGAAGAUGAAGAAGAUGAGACAGAAGAGGAGAAUGAUUUCCAAGAACUAACAGCUUUACACAAAGUUGGAUGCCCCAGAGGGUUCUUUGGGAAGGACUGCAAACGGAAAUGUCAGUGUGCCAACCGCGGCGACUGUCACAGGAUGCAUGGGGCCUGUGUGUGCCAGCCAGGCCGCUACGGGAGGUUCUGUCAUCUGCGGUGUCCAAAAGGCACUUAUGGACCACAUUGCCAAAAGACGUGUAAGUGCCAGAACGGCGGGCUCUGCGAAGGCACUGAGGGCACCUGUGACUGCGCCCCGGGCUUCAGCGGGGACGACUGCAGUCAGAGAUGUCCCCAAACGAGAUUUGGUGCCAAUUGUGAGCUAACAUGUGCUUGUAAAAAUGGUGGACUUUGCAAUCCUGUCGAUGGGAGUUGUACCUGUGGUCUAGGAUGGACAGGAAAUUACUGUGAAAAAGAAUGUUCUCCUGGCUAUUAUGGUCCGGGCUGCCAUUUUAAUUGCAGCUGUCAUAACAACGGGCUUUGCAACAGAUUUUCUGGGGGCUGUGAGUGCCUGCAGGGCUACUUUGGACAAGGCUGUGAACACGCAUGCCCUCCUGGAUUUUAUGGCUUGAAUUGUGCUCACCUCUGUGACUGCAGAAACGGUGCCCCUUGUGAUGUGGCUAGUGGACAGUGCGUCUGCCCAGCUGGUCUCCAUGGCAACCAGUGUGAACAAGAAAACUGUUCAGUAUCUCCUGACAGCAUCACAGCUGCAAAGUCUCCACAGAUGAAGGCUCUAAACUUUGAAAAAACUGUGACAGAUAUUGUGUUAAUGGAUUCGAAACAGAAUGCUUGGCUCGAGUGUUUGGAGCCCACUGCCAUCAACCUUGUGACUCACCAAGGAGGUGACCAGUCACUGGAGCAGGACACAGGGAGGAGUGGCAGGAAAUGUGACACCGCUGUGUGA